UCUGGAUUGAGCAUAUGAUGGCCAUCUUUCACCUCGACCCCGCGACGUUCGUUCACGAGCACCCCGCACCCUGUAACCAUAGAAUCCCGGAUUCAGCGAUUCAUCGAACCUUUUGCGACGGCGUUCAUGGCGAAAUCAACAGCAUUAGCAAUAACCUCUAAUGUCUGCACCACCCCUCGGGGCCUCAACCUAUCACUAGCCUGGUUCAAGCACCACGGCACACCCAUUCACACGGGGAUUCUUUUACGACUAUAUAUUCACUUCUUCAUUUUCACGUGCGACGCAGGCUUAGCGGCACCGUUUAUACCAUUGGGCUGGGUCACGAUUUGAUACACCAUUUUCUUAUGUCUUUUCAAUUUCAUUUACGAGCAUUUUUGGCAUCGGACAUAGAUGCACAUUGCG